AUGGCGGUGUGGGCAGCCAGGCGGACCCGGCGGUCCCGCGGGCCCUUGGCCGUGCAGACCUUGCUGUGCCGGUCCUUCCGCCCCGUCGACCGGAUGAUGUGGCCGCCGCCCUGCACCUCCACGACCUCACCGCCGGCGCUCCUCGGCCGGGGCAUCGCAUGCCCGGUGGCGGGCUCCAGAGAUAAAGCGGGGGUGAAGCACGGCCGCUUCCUGGGCAGCGCCGGCGGCGGCGGCUGGUGGGGGUCGGCGCCUGGGUUCCCUAUUAUCAGUCGGCACAUAGUGUUUCUCUACCCUCGGAAGUUUAGGUCUAAUACUGGAUCCGGGCACAGUCUUGCCAGUGUCGCUAUUGUUAGCGCUCCUAGUAUUCGGCCCUUGUGGCUGCCGUGUACUUGA